AAAAAAAAAAAAGAGAGAAAGAGAUUUCGUUACGAUGUAUGUUGCGAAGCCACUUCUUGUGAAUUGACGUGGAAUUAUACGAAAACGACUGCUAAUACUUGAUGACACAUCUGAGUCAUAACAUUCUUGCUGUACGUUUUAAUACUUCGUACAUUUAGUACGUUUUAAUCCCAUUACUUGUUUCAGAUUGUGCAAGGAUAUUAGUGUAUAAGAAGUUGCUGGUACAGUCAAUUACAUAGUGUCAGGAUAUUGUGGAGAAUUCGCACGAUUUACGGAUAAAGGAAAUCCUAAACGUACUGUACUGUGUGAUAUAAAAACUAGGAAGAAAAAUGUCAGUAUUGAAUCAAAGUGGAGAAGAUGCGGUGGAAUGUCCUUUGUGUAUGGAGCCAUUGGAAGUGGAUGAUUUAAAUUUCUUUCCAUGCACUUGUGGAUAUCAAAUAUGUCGAUUUUGCUGGCACAGAAUUCGUACAGAUGAAAAUGGUUUGUGUCCUGCCUGUCGGAAGGCCUAUUCUGAAAAUCCUGCCGAUUUUAAACCUCUUAGUGUGGAAGAAAUUGCAAGAUUAAAAGCCGAAAAGAGAUUAAAAGAUCAGCAACGUAAGCAAAGGGUUACAGAAAACCGUAAACAUCUAGCAAAUGUGAGAGUAGUACAAAAAAAUCUAGUAUUUGUAGUAGGAUUACCAUUGAGACUUGCGGAUGCUGAUAUGUUAAAGCGGCAUGAAUAUUUUGGAAAAUUUGGCAAAAUUCACAAAGUUGUAAUAAAUCAAAGCACUUCCUAUGCAGGGUCUCAAGGUCCUAGUGCUUCAGCUUACGUUACUUAUCAACGUCAAGAAGAUGCACUACGUGCUAUAGAGGCUGUGAAUAAUGUUGUUAUGGAUGGACGGACUAUCAAAACGUCACUAGGAACAACAAAGUAUUGUUCACAUUUUAUGCGGAAUCAGCCUUGUCCGAAACCGGAUUGUAUGUAUUUACACGAUCUUGGGGACCAGGAAGCAUCAUUUACGAAGGAAGAGAUGCAUCAAGGCAAACAUCAAGAAUAUGAGCGUAAACUUGUGCAAUCGUUACAUGCGUCGCAUGCAUCUGCACAACGGAAACCAACACCAUCACCGUCAGUGACAGGCAAUAUUGUUAGAGAAAAUGGAACUUCAAAUUCUCAAGCUAAAGAAGCUUGGCCAUCGUUACAAACUGGGCAGACAAAUAGUUCACAAACAAAUUGUAAAGAAUUAUCUCCGCCAUCACAAACAACAUCACAGCAAAACAACAUAACAAACGGAAGUAGUACAAUAAAUCAGCAGAGUCAUGUGUUGUCUGGUGGUUCUACGCAACAGCAGAACAAUAAUAAUAAAGGUGAAAAUAUGAAUAUACGGAGAGGAAAAAGUAAUAGUGAAAGUAAAGCUCAAGCAGCACGGAAUAAACACAAAAAUUGUCAAAAUAAAGAAAAACACAGUACACGGACAACUUCCCGAUCGGAAUCUAGCUCUAUUAGUACACAAAAUAAUGUACAAUCACAAAUUAAUGGACAAAAGGAUAUUAGAAAUUUUUCAUCCGAAUCGAAUAGUGAUGUAUUACAAAAAUUGGGUAACAAGUGUAAAUCGGAACAACAAUCGCAACCACAGCAACAGCCACAGCAACCACCAUCUCAACAACAAUCGCAGCAACAAAGUAACAAAAGAUCUAAAUUAGUUCAACAACAACAACAAUAUCAACAAUCUCAAGAACUUAAAGUAAACGGAAUAGUACAGAACGGAGAGCGCCGACAUUCGGAUAGUGAAACGGAUCAACAACGUGAAGGUAGUACACCAGCUAGUACAAUUUCGAGUACGGAAGAUUCAAAUGUCAAUCAUCAAGUGGAGCAUUUAGCAGAAUCAAGUGAAGAGAACAGUGGUGCUGCUAUUUUGGGUUCCUCUCCAGCUAGCACAAAUUCGUCACAAGGUGCCAAUCAACAACCACCACCAGGACUACAUAAUGGGUCCCAAAUACAAUUUAAUCAUCGAUCAAUCUUUCAGACAGACAAUAAUAGUUUCUUCAGUUCAAACACUUUUCAGAAAAUCUCUACCACCACCUCAGUGCCACCUACUUCUUUGACAGCAAACCUGAAUUGGACAACUACAGGCUUAACUUCUAUUCCUGACUCAUUACCAAUAGUUCAAUCUAGUGAAGAUUGGCAAGCAGCUUUUGGUUUUCAACCUGAAACUUCACAAACAAAUCAUGUUGUACAAAAAUCCAGCCCUUCUAGUUCGCCAGGAGUAACAUUCAAUUCUGAGGGUUUUGUAGAUGAAGAAGUUUACACCAAUAUACAAUAUACUACUCUAUCAGAACCAUCUAGUACUUUUACAUCAAGUUUGCUUGUUAAUUCUCCUGCAUCUAAAUUCAUGGCAGAUUUUCAACAAAACUCAUUGCAACAAAGGCUUGCUCUGCAGGCACAACAAAAUCAAGAAAACUGUGAAUACAUAAAACAAAAUGGUCAUGCUACUUUAGAAGAAGUUAGAAAUCAUAAAGAAUCUGGUUCAGAUUUAAAAGCUGAUGAUGAUUUAGGUUUUGAUCCCUUUCAUGAAACACAGAAAGCUUUGGCUGAACUUAUGGAAAAUGAAAUGCAAAUUCAGCAACAGAGGUUUCAGCAACAACAGCAACAAAGAGAACGAGAAGAGCAAAAUAGGGUGCAACAUCAACAAAAUAUUACAAACCUUGGUCAACAACAUUUUCCACAGGUUGCCCAUAUAGCACAUUUACAACAACAGGCUCAACAUCUGCAAAAUCUACAAGUUAUUCAACAGUCUCAUUCCUUGCUGUCUCGUCUUCCACAAAAUUUAUUACAAAGUGGUACCCAAAGUUCUGCUCAGAGUACUGUGGCUACUGCCAGUUUGGGACAACGUAGUCGCCUUCCACCACCAGGUUUCCCUGGUUCUACACCAAAUCACAUGAAUUCUUUUGGUCUUGGUAUACCGCGACCAGCUCCCACGAACAAUGCUCUUUCGGGUUAGUAUUUUCGUAAUUUCAUCAGUAAUCUAUGAUGAUUGUAAACAUGUUUUAUGUUUAUUCUGUUCAUUUAUACAAAAUAAUACACACAACAAACUUUUUGUAACUCUUUAAAAAAAUGAUAUGCUUUCUAUUAUAUAAAUUGGAAAUAACGAAUUAGUAUCAAAUACUUGUGGCGAGCAAUAGUGUUAUCCAAGUAUAAAAGUGAAUUCUUGUGACUUUACAAAAAAUCUAUAUAAUAUUAUACAUGAGUCAUUCGUCUAGUGUGCUGUUUACAGGAGCACAACCACCACAACAAAAUACCUAUCUUCCAAAUGGAAUUUUGAAUUCCCAAGGUAUUAGUAAAUGCGCGGGAGAUGCAGUGUAUACGCUUAAAGAUUGGUGUGAUAUUAAUAAUCAACAACAACAACAACAAUUUCAUCAUCAAGCAUUACAUCAAAAAGGCGGAUGGAACAAUUUUGGACCUAUUGCAGACUGGACUUCGAUUGAUCCAGCCAUUGUUAGUUCUUCUAGGCCUCUUCCAUUCCAAACUACUAGUACGUGGCAAUUUCCACAUGUUCAUCCUCCACACACUGUAUCACACAAUGCGCAACAGGAACAACAGAACGCACCAACUCAACAUUGGGCAAUGCAACCACCUCCAGGUUUUGCUGCACCAGCGACUACAGGACAAUUGAGUAAUCAACAACCAAGCACAACUGCACAGCCGCACACUAAACUUAUCUCAGCAGGAUCGGAAAUCGAAAGUAAGUUCCUCCAGUGAAUUCUUUUUAUUGAAUAAAAUAAUAAAACGCAUUAAAUGUCUAUAUUACAGAUCUAUAA